CGACUUGUCGCACUUCACUUUGCAACCGCAGAGUCAUCUGCUAAUCUCUCUUCUCAGCAGUCUAGAAACUCAACCCCCACUUUCCGCACUUCUGCGCCCGCUCGCGCUCUGUUCAGCUGCCCUCAACCGCACGCUUACGCACGCGCCAAUCGCACCACACCUCCAUACCCUCACCCAACCGCACCAUCUAUUCCACCAUGUCUCACGAGGAAGAUCUCAUCGACUACUCCGAUGAGGAGAUCCAGCCAACCGAGGUGCCCGCCAACGGCGACGCAGCAGCUGCAAAGGGCGGCCUCGCUGCGCCCGACGCGUCCGGCGAGAAGAAGGGCAGCUAUGUCGGCAUUCACUCCACCGGUUUCCGCGACUUCUUGCUGAAGGACGAGCUCGUGCGAGCCAUCACCGACUGCGGAUUCGAGCAUCCUUCCGAGGUCCAGCAAGUUACCAUUCCCCAGGCUAUUCUCGGAAACGAUGUCCUCUGCCAGGCCAAGUCCGGUCUCGGAAAGACUGCUGUCUUCGUCCUUGCCACCCUACAGCAAAUGGACGAGAAGCCAGAGCCCGGCGUUGCCUCCAUCCUGGUUAUGUGCCAUACCCGUGAGUUGGCUUACCAGAUCAGGAACGAGUACAACCGCUUUGCCAAGUUCUUGCCCGAUGUCAAGGUCGGCGUCUUCUACGGCGGAACCCCAGUUGCGAAGGACAUCGAGCUCCUCAGCAACAAGGACACCCACCCUCACAUCAUCGUCGGCACCCCGGGACGUAUCAACGCUCUCGUCCGUGACAGGCACCUUCGCCUCGCCAACUUGAAGCACUUCGUCCUCGAUGAGUGUGACAAGAUGCUGGACCAGCCUGACAUGCGCAACGACGUCCAGGCGAUCUUCCGUGCUACCCCCGCCCACAAGCAGGUCAUGAUGUUCUCAGCCACUCUGUCCAAGGAGAUCCGCGCUGUCUGCAAGAAGUUCAUGCAGAACCCCCUGGAGAUCUACGUCGACGACGAAAAGAAGCUGACCCUGCACGGUCUUCAGCAAUUCUAUGUCAAGCUUGAUGAGCGCGAGAAGAACAGGAAGCUCAACGACCUCCUCGAUAACCUCGAGUUCAACCAGGUCAUCAUCUUCGUUCGCUCAACCCUGCGCUGCACCGAGCUCGACAAGCUCCUCCGCGAGUGCAACUUCCCUAGCACCGCGGUCCACUCCGGUAUCGGCCAAGAGGAGCGUAUCAAGCGCUACAAGGAGUUCAAGGAGUUCCAGACCCGUAUCUGUGUCUCGACUGAUAUCUUCGGUCGUGGUAUCGAUGUCGAGCGUAUCAACGUCGCUAUCAACUACGAUAUGCCCGACAAGGCUGACGCUUACCUCCAUCGUGUCGGUCGUGCUGGUCGUUUCGGAACCAAGGGUCUGAGUAUCUCAUUCGUCAGCAGCCAGGACGAUGAGGCUGUACUCAAGGCCAUCGAGGAGCGCUUCGCUGCCGAGAUCCCAGAGUUCCCCGAGGACGGCAUCAGCUCUGCCAGCUACAUGGACAACUAAGUCCAUACACUGGUACCAAGGUCGUCGAUGAUGUUAUCGAAAUGGAAAGUUGCCUUCGGGCUUGGGUCUGAUUGAAGGACGACAACACCGUUUUGCGAUGAAAAGUAUGAGCGUGGCGUAGGCGGUUCGACUAUUGGAAUGGACUUGCGCUUUAGCCUGGAAAAGCUAUGGAUUACGAAAUUGACGCUCAUCUGAC